AAAUUGUUGUUAAGGAUACAGAAGUUGUGAUAAAACUACUGCUUUUUGGAGCUUGUCCUUUUCCUCCUUCCAUUCGUUCUGGCGGAUGGACUUGUUUUCUGAAAGGAACAUGUUCGGAAUUAUUCUACAUUCUAGUUGGUUAUCAUGAGAUAGGUCAGAUAAUACCCAGCACUGUGCGUUUGUUUAAAUUAGACACAACUAAUAUAAACUGGGAAGAAUUGGAAAGCCUCAAAGACUGGGACAUGACUGGUAUAGCUCAUUUGGAUAACCUGGAACCAGAAGACUAUGAAGACAUAGAAAUUACUCAAGAAGUGUGGGAAGAAACGGAAGACCUUAAGGGUGCCAUCUUUUUUGUGGAUCUUGCUCGUGAUAAAUCCAUGUUUUACAACCCUGCAAUUGCCUUGGAAUUAGGGGGUUAUAUACAUAUUCGUGACAAGGUGGAUAAAAUCAUUUAUUCGUACCAUGUCAACAAUCAAACCAUUGUCUCAUCUCCUAUGCCUUCUCCAGUGCUGCCAACAAGCCAUGUGUCGUUGUGGGAAAACUGUUGAUUCUAAACACAAAGAGGAUGAGAUGGCAGUAGCAUUAAUUACGGAUGAUAUGGUUGAAGUUAGUAAAUCUCGCUUGCAUGAUAUUCCAUUUGAUGUUUUGCAAAUGAUUAUGAAAUUUUGUGUUGGUGUGGAAUAUAUGAACUUCCGUGCUACUUGCAAACGUUGUCAUCCAGCAGCACCUUUGGUACAAUGGCGCAGCAAAACAGAAUUACAGAAUUACUCAUUAGUUUCACCUUGGCUGAUGGUUAUUGAUAAAAAUCGAGGCAUUAUUACUUUCACGGAUCCGUUGUUAGGUAACAACUACUUUAUGAAAAACCUGCAGGUAUCCAUUUAUGAUGAUUCGUAUUGUUCUAGGUUUGGUUGGUUGUUGUUUAAGACCAGUGAGUAUUGCCUGGCGUUCUUUAACCCAUUCACAAAUGAUCGUCUCGAGCUUCCAGAAGCAGAUUAUCAGUUUAGGCAUGUAUCUUUCUCAGCACCACCUACUUCCACGGAUUGUAUGGUGGUUGGAUUUACAAAGGUGCGUGUUUACGUCCAUUUUGUAUCCCGGGAAGCAACCUGGCAAAGGAUUAAUCUAGGUGAUUCGCAUCCUCACUUUGUUCGCUUUCCAUCAUUCUAUGGCCGAGACCUCUAUGGGUUGUGUGACGAUGGAGAACUUGCUGUUUUCAAAAAUUUGGGUGGAGAGGAUUUCUCUUGGAACCCCCAAGAAAUCGUUCCAUGUUGGACGCGACAGAGUCACAUUUCUUGGUGACAUGUGAUAAACACAUCUUAGUAGUUGUAAUGGGGAGGUUGGGAGAUGCUAUUGAGGUACUUAAGCUGAGCGAAGAUUGUACGCAAGAAUGGGAGAAAAUAGAUGGCAUAGGAAAGCACAUGAUUUAUAUAUGUGAUACAAGAUGUGUUUGUAUUGAAGCCAAAGUGCCUGAAAUGGAGAACAAGAUCUUCCUUCCACAAUUGUGUUCUAACAACGGUAAGAUAGUGUUCUAUUCACUUGACACUUGCACCUUUCAUACAUUCAAUGGAAAAAGCAUCCAAGAAAAACUGGGGGACAACUUCACCAUAACUACACAUCUGUCCGCUCACGCGUGGAUUGAACCAAGUUGGUCAAGUUUGCUACCCCUGAAAAGACAAUACAAAGGAAAUCGUAAAGCAGCACUCGAGUGACCAUUCCCAUUCCUUUAGCAACAGAAUCGAAAGUAAGAUCUUAAUUAGAGUUUUGCAGGCGAAGUGAGCAACUAUUUAUCUUUUAAAGUUUAGAUAACUCACUUUAUUACUAAUUUUUUGUGUUGUCUUUAUUACGGAUUCUUAUGUUUUAUGAUACUAUCUAUGAGGAUGGUUAAACCUA